ACAAUAAGGUGUCUGAACUCUGAAGAGAGGUGUUAAUCUCGCGAACAUGAAAGCAAUGACCAUCGAUGAAGAACAAAGUAGUGGUUCUAAAACAAAUGGAAAAGGAAAUGGACUUUUGUUGUACUAUCACCAUUACUCAUUUUAUUCCCAAAAGGUUCUAAUGGCACUGUAUGAGAAGAAAUUACCAUUCAAAUCCAGCAUCGUCAACAUUACCAAAGGAGAACAGUUCGAGCCAUGGUUUUUGCACAUAAAUCCAAGAGGGGAAAUACCAGUAUUGCAAGACGGCGUGAAAAUAAUUCCUGAUUCAGGAAGAAUAUUAGACUAUUUGGAGGACAACUUUAGUAAUGGUGAUACACGACGACUUAUACCAUUGGAUCAAGGACCCGAAGUUCGUCAGAAGGUUAUUCAUUUUAGGUCAGUUAUAGACCAAUUACCAUCAGGGGCAAUUACCUUGGGAUCAUUUUUUCAUCCUCAGUAUUCUCAGAAACCAAAACUACCAUUCAUACAGCCAGUAAGAAGAAUGUUACAAUCUGCAGAGAAGAACAGCUGCAUGACUCUUAGAUAUCAUGCAGAGAAGAAUCCUGAGUCUCGUGAUGUCCUCCUGCAGAAAGCAAAGGCUCAAGAAAUUAAACAUGAGAAAUUACUUGUCCAGGAUGAGUAUCAGAAGCUCCUCGAUCAAGUAGACUCGGUGUUGUCUGAAGUGGAAAACGAACUCGCAUCGCAUGCUGAUAGUAAGGAAGAAUGGUGGUUGUGCUGUGCUCAGUUUACUGUGGCAGACAUCACACUCUCAGUAUUACUGGACCGACUGUAUAGGCUUGGCCUGGAGGAGUAUUUCUGGGCAAAUGGUAAAAAGUCGCACAUUUCAAAGUAUUAUGAACGUGUCCAAAAGCAAGAAUCAUUUAGGAAAACAGUGCCUUCAUUGUUGUUUCAUUUGAAGAUGUUGUUGACAAUGCAAGCACCAACUUUCAUUGGUAUUGGUGUUGUCACUGCUGUGGCAAUUGUCAUUGGUGGUAUUUUAUUUUUCAGGAAGACUGCAUAGUGUAUAAAUUUUCUAGCUAUUUCAGACAGGAUAUAUAUUUUGUAUGUCUUUAUGUGUAUGUUACAGAUCAUUCCUGACUCAGAAAUGUUAAAGUUGAAUGUUAGUCUUGUAGAAGUCAGUUGGAUACUUAAUUAAAUUUGUGUGUCGGUCUUAA